CCAUGACACUGGGACCCUGGUUCUAAUUCUACCUCUCCUGGAGGUGGGUGUCUGGCUGCUGAGGCGCCUACAAGGGAAUUUCCUGACAACUGUGGCUGCAGUCUACAGUAUAGGAGAAAAGGGCUGAGCGGCCACUCACCCAGAAAUGGCUGACCCCUGUGCUGUGCCUUGCACACACACAUACACACACACUCCUAAGGAGAUUGAGCCUUGGAGUGGAUAAUCCCAGAUUGGUGGGCGAUAAAGUGGGGGUGGGGGGAUUGGCUGGAGGAUUUGUGUGACUGUUACCCUCCCUCCCCACCAGCUGCUCUCAGAUCCAGAUACCAGGGAAGUGCAGCCCUGGGCAAAGAGCACCAGUUAAAGUGGGGCUUAGAUCUGACCCAUGCUGGGACUGGCAGAGCUGGCCUGCCCUGACUGGCAUGAUGGGAAACCUGGGAAGAGGGUCCAGUGUGAGGAGGGCAGGGGCCACUGUUACUCUGCACCCUUCUGCGUUGAGGAAUGCCACAAGACUUUCAAAUGCUGCAGUGCGAGGGCACUGGCAACCCCCUCACCAGACCACCCCCUUGUCUCAAAGAUGAGGAAUUUGCCUCCCAAUGGAUACAAGUAGUACCCAAGUCUGAGGUCACCAGCUAGUGAGGGGCAGGGGAGGGCCAGUCCUUGAACCCAGGUCUCCUGACUCCCAGUCCAGUGCCUUUCCUGAGGGCGCCUCAGGACAGAAGUGAAUGGCGUGACUUUGACGGUAGUAGGACUGCCUUGCCACCAGAAGAGCAGGGCACCCAGAUGAGGCCCUCUAGCAGUCAAAGUCUUCAAUAGUAGAAUACUUUCUGUUUCUAGAGACUAAGUUCUUCUCCUUUUCCAGUUCCCUUAGUGCUGUCUGCCCUGGUUAAGGAAGUCAACCUGCAGGAGGAAUUUCCAAGUCCUCUCCCGGGACAAGAAUGUGGAGAGUGGUACUAGGAACUUGGUAGGGGUUAGGGAGAGAGGUUAGAGCUCUGGAGGGUUUCUGUGCACAGGACAAAUUCUGAGGGAGUAUGGGGACAGCGUCUCUACCUUUAGAGCUCUCCAGACAUCAAGGAUUUGCUCUGGAGGAGAGAGGCAGAAGACCAGUAUGGCCUCUGCAGGCCUCUGCAAGCAUCUCUCAGGAACCGGGAAGCUUUCUCAGCCCCUCCCCCACCUCCCAGCCCCCACCAAAUCCUCUAUCCCCCCCAGCCCCCGGCAUACCCUGUUCCCACUCCCCCCCAACUCCUUCUCCGGUUGUGUGGAGCAGCAGAAGUGAUAACGUCACCACGGUCGCCAGGGAGACAGGGAGGGAUAAAUCAGGCUGAGUGGGCGGUUGCCAUGGUGCGCAUUCUCCUGUUGCCACGGAGACUGGGCAUCUGCUCCCUUUGUGCUGCCCAAGUGCCUUCCCCCUGGGGUCAAGGGGUAUAGGGGGCAGAAAGAGAGGCAGACACAGCACUAGGGUCAGAAGAAAGUCCAGGCCUCUGCAGAGUCUCCCCCAGUCUAGAGUCCACUGGGGCUUCUUCAUGGGGUGGCCUCUGUGCUCCCACUUUGUAGCAUUGAGGCAGCUCUUACUAAACAGCCCCUUGGUUGGGCUGUCUCAGGCGCUGAGUCUUGUGAGCAGUCCUCUGCUCCCCCAGGAGAGCAGCACGUAUCCCUGGCCGAGUUGCCUGGGGCCUGAUCUGAGCCUGGAGCUGAGCCCCAUGAACAGGCCGAUCCAGGUCAAGCCUGCGGACAGCGAGAGCCGAGGAGAAGACCGGAAGCUCUUUGUAGGGAUGCUUGGGAAGCAGCAGACAGAUGAGGACGUCCGGAAGAUGUUCGAGCCUUUUGGCACCAUAGACGAGUGCACUGUGCUCCGGGGGCCGGAUGGCACCAGCAAAGGCUGUGCCUUUGUGAAGUUCCAGACCCACGCAGAGGCCCAGGCAGCCAUCAACACCCUUCACAGCAGCCGGACCCUGCCGGGUGCCUCGUCCAGUCUGGUGGUGAAGUUCGCUGACACGGAGAAGGAGCGAGGUCUCCGCCGGAUGCAGCAAGUGGCCACCCAGUUGGGCAUGUUCAGCCCUAUCGCCCUCCAGUUUGGAGCCUACAGCGCCUACACCCAGGCUCUGAUGCAGCAGCAGGCAGCCCUGGUGGCGGCUCACAGUGCCUACCUCAGCCCCAUGGCCACCAUGGCCGCUGUGCAGAUGCAGCACAUGGCUGCCAUCAAUGCCAAUGGCCUCAUCACCACCCCCAUCACUCCAUCCUCAGGAACCAGCACCCCUCCUGCCAUCGCUGCCACGCCUGUCUCUGCCAUCCCUGCUGCCCUGGGUGUCAACGGCUACAGCCCGGUGCCCACCCAGCCCACUGGGCAGCCUGCCCCUGAUGCUUUGUAUCCCAACGGGGUUCACCCCUACCCAGCCCAGAGCCCCGCAGCCCCCGUGGACCCCCUGCAGCAGGCCUACGCAGGGAUGCAGCACUACGCAGCGUACCCCACAGCCUACAGCCUGGUGGCACCUGCGUUCCCGCAGUCUCCCGCCCUGGUUGCCCAGCAGCCCCCACCACCCCCGCAGCAGCAGCAGCAGCAGCAGCAGCAGCAGCAGCAACAACAACAACAACAACAACAGCAGCAAAGAGAAGGCCCUGACGGCUGCAACAUCUUCAUCUACCACCUGCCCCAGGAAUUUACGGACUCAGAGAUCCUUCAGAUGUUUGUCCCCUUUGGCCACGUCAUCUCAGCCAAGGUCUUUGUGGACCGGGCUACCAAUCAGAGCAAAUGUUUUGGCUUUGUGAGUUUUGACAAUCCGGCCAGCGCCCAGGCUGCCAUCCAGGCCAUGAAUGGUUUCCAGAUUGGCAUGAAGCGCCUCAAAGUCCAGUUAAAACGGCCUAAGGAUGCCAACCGGCCCUACUGAGGGCUCCCAGGUCUGGAGACCCCAGAGGAAGAGGCACCUUAUACCCUCUUCCCACAACUGGCCCCAGCCCUCUCUGCACAUCUGCCCUAGGCUUUGAUUGGGCUCUGGGGCAAAAGCUGCUUCAUGGCCCUGGGGGCACAGGACACUGGCCAACUCGCAGCACCCUGCCUCUCUGAAGGGCUGUGGCUAUGCUUCCCUGGCUCCAAGGACCUGUUUCCUCCCAAGGUGCCCUUUUGGCCUUUGUGAAGGAGCAAGGAACAGGCUUGCAGGUUCUGGGGUAUCUGCCUUCUGCUAGGGCUCCUGUGAUGGGCCUUCUGCACCCAGUGUUUGUACUUGCCUCCCCCACCAGCCAGCCUGUUCUACCUGUACAGGC